AUACAGACUCGCAAGCCCGAAAGACAAGCUACAUCUCUCUCCGUCUCUCUCUCUCUCUCUCUCUCUCUCUCUCUCGCCGUCUCUAGCUCUCACGCUCACUGGCAAACAUGCAGAGACAGUCCCUGGGGUCCCCAGCCUCCAAGCUCCACGGCCAUGGCGCCCCCUCCGCCGCACUCUCUUCCGCCGCCAAGGACGGCGCCCUCGUCGUCGUAGACGACUCCUCCUCCUCCGCCACCAAGCGCCGAGACUCCUUCCUCUCGUCCUCCUCCCUCCUCCUCCCUCGCUACGACGGCGACGACGACAAGUCCUCCAGGCCUCACCGGUUGUCGCUCGCGGCGGUGGCGGCGGCGGCGCCGUCGUCGUCGUCUUCAACUUCUUCUUCUCCUGCUCUGUCGCCCCGUAAGACGGGGAAGCUCAUCCACCUCAUCCCUCUCCUCACCCUCUUCUGCUUCCUCGUCCUCUACCUCUGCUCUCACAGCCCCUCUCAGACCGAUCUGGCUCAGUUCGGCGGGUUCAAGCAUCCGGCGGAGCAAAUAGUUACGACCGACAUUGACGAGAUCGGCCGGUUCAGCGAGGUCCGCAGGGGCGACGCGCUGGCGUUCCGGAGCCAGAGGAGCUUGCGAGAGGUCGCGAGGCGAUCGCAGCAGCAGCCGCGGACAUCUCGCGCCGUUCACCGGAAAUUCGCCGAUUUCUAGGGGGGGACCUCCGGUGCCCCCCUCCUCCCCCAGCAUCGCCGUCCUCCUCCUCCGGUUCCGUUCUCGGUCUCAUCGUCAUCAUCAAUCAUCAUUAUCUAUAUUUUUCCAUGUUUAUACGACAAAUCUCGCCGUGAUUCUAUAUGCUUUGUUCGCACGCCAAGGAUAUAUUGCCCUUCCAUUUUUGUACAUUCAAUUUUCCAUUUCGAUGCUUGAUCAUCCACUGCUCCUCCUCCUCA